UUCCACCAAAAGGUGCUGAAUUUCUUCUGACUAUGCGGGCAAUUUCCUCAAGUUUGUCGAAAAGAACGCCAUCCAACAUCGAAAUUUCAUCAAUCACUAACGUUUUGACUUGUCGCCAUCGAUCCACAACAUUCUUGAAUUUAGGUUGUCCGAGAAACUUUCCAGCUAGCUUAUGGGCUUCUUCUUGGCCAAGGCCAAUUCCUGCCCAAGAGUGUAACGUCGUCCCACCGAUAUUGACCGAUGCUAUACCGGUAGAUGCAGUAAUUGCAAGUUCUCCUGAAGAACGGCCACCACAUAUACGUAUGAUCUCUCUUAGAAGAACGGACUUUCCCGUCC